AUGGAUGAUGAUGUGCAAGUUCCCGAAAUCACCAAAAUUCACCAAAGAUUUCGGGUGGGUAAUGAGGAGCUGAGCAGAUGGGGCCAACGCGUUGAAGCCGCAGCACGUGGAGUACGAGAUGCCGUGAAAGUGGCCAAAAGGACCAAGAAGAAAAAACUGGAAGGACAAGCCUUAGCCAGCCUUGCGCAGGUGCAACAAGCCCGUGAGGAACAUGUGGAGGCCUUAAGUGCCUCCAAGGAAGCCAUCGUCAUCUUCCGAGAACUGGGCGAUCAGGUGGCAGAAGCGGGUGCCAGACACGCCGCCGUGUCGGCGUACAUGGGACGCAAGAAGCUGGGUGAGGCCUUAGACGAAGCCAAAAAAGCGCGGGCCAUUUUUCGAAAGCACGGCCUGCGCCACGAUGAAGGUCGAGCUCUGUUGGUGAAGAGUUGCGCGCAUAAGAUGGCGCAAGAGCCACUUGGAUGGCCAGUUGGGUGA